CUUUAAGGGUGUUACACCAAAUUUCCUAAGUGGGCUGCUCGAUAUAUAAGCUGCCAUGUUCAGCAUCUGAAGCAGGUUGGAAGGAGAACGAAAUUCACCAUGUGGACUCUGAUGGUUCUUUGCAGCACGAUCGCCGUGCAUGGAGCACAAGGUGCUAAUUUCUACCAAACAUCCCAAAUGCCUGAGUCACAGGCCAGUUCAGUUUAUUCCUCGUGUCGUUACAACUGCGGCAUGAACAUGGGAAGCUGCUCCUGCUCAAGCUCUUGUCAAUUCUAUGGCAACUGUUGCUAUGACUACACGUCCUACUGCUCACUCACAACUGAAGAGCCAUCAACAGCAACUCCCUGUGGAGGUUCCCUGUUCGGCUCUGGCACCUUCUCCAGCCCGAACCAUCCCGGCCACUACCAAGACAAUGCCCAUUGUGUCUGGCAGAUCAGAACUACAUUUGACCAAAGAAUUUUCCUGGCAUUCACAUACCUGCAAUUGGAGAACUGCUGCAACUGUGACUACAUUUCCGUCUAUGAUGGGCCAUCUGUUAAUUCAAAAUAUCUGGGGAAAGUGUGCAACAGCAGUCUGAACUCCUUCUACUCCACGUCCAACUACAUUACUGUGCUCUUCAGAAGCGAUAGUUCCGUGGUUGGCCGAGGGUUCAGAGCUGAGUUCAUAAGCUCUCUGCCAUCAAGCUCAGGUCGAGUGGACUGUUCCUCAAGCAACAUGAAUGUUGUAAUUGAGAGGUCCUACCUGAAUUCUCUUGGCUACGAUGGCCAGAAUAUGUACCUGGACAACGAAAAUUGCAGACCCCAGGUUACCAGAUACCAGGUUGUCUUCAGUUACCCCCUCAACUCUUGCGGCAACAUUCGAAAGUUUGAGGAUGGCAGAGCUACGUAUACCAACGCUGUCCGUGCCUAUACCUCCAGCUCCGGAGAGAUCACUCGCCAGUCCCACUUUAAGCUGAACGUGGUCUGCCGAAUGGAGCAGGACUCUGUGUCCCAGAUUAUGUACCUCGUACACCAUAAUCAGAACAGCAGCAUUAUAGGCACAGGCAGAUUCAACACCAGCAUGCAUUUCUACACUUCCUCGAGCUUCAACUACAAGGUGACUGAAGUUCCAUAUAAGGUGUCACUCAACCAAAAGUUGUAUGUCCAAGUGAGCCCGACAGUGUAUGACAGCGGCCUGGUGCUCUUUAUUGAUACCUGUGUGGCCGCACCAUCGCCCCAUAAUUUCCAGACCAGAGCUUACUACCUGGUCCGAAACGGAUGUCCUGUGGACAACACCUACCAGGUCCAUGUCACCGGCAACCAUUAUAUGGGCCGUUUCUCAUUUAAGGCCUUCCAGUUCCUCAGAGCCUCAGACUCGGUGUAUCUCCAGUGCAAGGUCCUGUUUUGUGCUGCCAAUGACUACAAUUCCCGCUGCCGCCGCGGCUGCAUGACACGUAUGACCAGAGACCUGGCGUCAGAACAUGAAAGCCAAACUGUGGUCCUGGGUCCCAUCCAACUCCAAGACCCUGAGGAAAAUGAAGAAGGGACUCGUAAGCAGGACGAGGCUUAACUUGUUCAUUCUGCUCAUUGUGACUAUUUUUCUCAUUCUUUAUCACAUUACCUGAUUAAAAGCAUCAUCAAAAGACAA